UAAACAAACCUGUGUAAUUUUCUCUACAUUUUGUGUGGUUAAUUCAGAAAUGUAUUAGAAAUGUUGUAGCUAACUAGCUAAGUGCCCUUGGUUAGUUAACUUGAGCGGGAAAAGUCGUUUUGCCAUUUUCACCCUAACCAGGUUGUCAGGCUUCCUAUAAUGGCUGGAACAACCUUUUGCGAUGUGUCUGAGCUUUACAACAUUCUUAAUCAGUACACUCGCCUGUCCAGACUACCACAGUUAAACUACCUCUGUUUGAUUGAUGCUCGUGCUAAAGGACAGUACAAUGCCAGCCAUAUCAUCACUGCCAGAAAUACAAAAUAGGUUGGAAAAAGGAAACCACACCAUCCGUCACAUUAAUGUGGCAGAUUCCGUGGAGGCUGAUGUACUCCAGUUUUGAGAGGAUAUGUGUUUUUAUUGUUUCAUCAGCUGUCCCGGUGGCUGGUCCCAGAUGAUCCUGCAGGUGAAGAAGCCGGAUGUGGAGCUCCAGGGCUGGCGUGGUUACACAUGGAAUAAAAUGUUAUUCAACCAAACUAGUUUGGCUGAUUGCUUACAGGAGUGGGAGGGUCUGGAAAAGGACUUUCAACGGGUCCAGGAGACUCACCGUCUGUAUAAACAGAAGCUUGAGGAGGUCUCCAAGCUUCAAGACAGCUGUUCCAAUGCCAUAGCACGACAGAGGAAGAAAUUAAAAGAGCUCACAGUGUCGCUGGAAGAAUGCAAAGAAACACCGAGUCCAGAGGAAAUUAAUGCAAUAAAUGGGAUCCAGGAAUCUAUCAAGGACAGACCAAAUGUUUUCUUUGAAAUGGAGUCUUUCCUGCCAAAGAAGAAUGGGUUAUACCUCAGUCUCGUUCUUGGGAACGUGAAUGUAACAUUGCUCAACAAGCACUCCAAAUUUGCCUACAAAGAUGAAUAUGAGAAAUUCAAAUUGGUCCUCACCGUCCUACUCCUCGUCUUCUCAUUCACAUGUCGCUUUGUAUUUAGUUACAGAGCCAUAGAUGCUCUCUUCAACUUCCUGCUGGUGUGGUACUACUGCACACUGACCAUUCGGGAGAGUAUCCUCAUUAGCAAUGGCUCCAGGAUCAAGGGUUGGUGGGUGUUUCAUCACUAUGUGUUCUGCUUCCUGUCUGGAGUGAUGCUGACUUGGCCGGAAGGCAUACUCUACCAGAUGUUCAGGAAUCAGUUUCUCACCUACUGCUUGUACCAAAGUUUUGUCCAGUUUCUCCAGUACUACUACCAGAGUGGCUGUCUGUACAGACUUCGAGCCCUGGGAGAGAGUCACAACAUGGACUUGACAGUUGAGGGUUUCCAGUCGUGGAUGUGGCGAGGCCUGACCUUCCUUCUGCCCUUCCUGUUCUUUGGUCAUUUCUGGCAGCUUUACAAUGGCCUAACACUGUUCAGGAUGGCCCAGCUCCCAGAGUGUAAAGAGUGGCAAGUCUUCAUGUGUGGCUGCUCCUACCUUGUGUUGUUCAUGGGGAACUUCUCCACCACACUUGGAGUAGUCUACCAUAAGUACAUCCACAACCAAGACAAGUCCAAGAGCCUAUAAGACUUGAAAAGAAAGAUUUAUUCAAAAGAAUAUGUGCAAAAGGUGUUUUAUACUAAUAUGCUUUUUAUGUCUAUUUUAUGCGUUUGUCUUGUAAACGUUUACUUUUUCUGUUGUACCAUUUUAUCUAAUGUGUUUAGUUUUGAGUAGAAAUGUUGAACCACAUUGUUCUUUGUUUUUCUGAGAAAUGCAGCUUGUCACUUUCAUCAUCGUAUGAUUUAAUUGUGUGUGAGAUUACCUGAAUAGGUUGGAGAUAUUAUAGUGGAAGAGAAUUACAUGCCUUGCACUGACUGUCACUAAACUGUCUACAUGUUCAGCUGUGUCAAAAGAGAGCUCACUGCAUUAAUAAGCCACUGACCGAG